CGACAAUCUAUACGGCUUGAAAAGGAAAAUCGCAGCAAAAGUUUUGAUACUAUUCUUCUACUUCAGCACAAAUCGGUGUUAACCUUGGGAACAGCAUCCGACGAAUCUUUUAUUCUCAACAGAGAGAACUCUACUGUAAGAACUAUUCGAAUGGACCGUGGGGGCGAAGUCACUUAUCAUGGACCAGGGCAGCUCGUCGUAUACCCUAUUCUCGAUUUGCGACAAUAUCGGCAAGAUCUGCACUGGUAUAUGCGCGCGCUGGAACAAGCCGUCAUACAGACGCUUCACAAACUUGGUGUCGUUGAAGCUACUCGAGACGAAGAGACGACCGGAGUUUGGGUUCGUGGUCGGAAGGUUGCUUCUAUUGGUGUCAAGUGCCGUUCAUGGGUGACGCAACACGGGGUCGCCAUAAAUGUAGAGCGAGAGGCACUGCAUGGCUUUGAAGGUAUUGUACCUUGUGGUCUGGAGGGUCGCAGUGUCGCAUGCGUCAACGAUUUUAUG